UUUAAGUGCCGUUGUGCACGGUUGUCGGAACAAAACAGAAACACAGACCGACGAGACGAGUGCUAUUGUCGCCCACCUGAGAUUGUGUGUGUCGCUUAUCUACAAACGGGAAUUGCAUUAAAAAAAGAGAAGAAACAACACUACCAAUUACUACAACAUGAUACCAACAGUAACGAAAAACUACCAGAACGUGGUAAUCAGCACUGGCAACAUCAUCAACAACGAACUGGGCCAACGCAAAUCCAACGAGGAGCUCUACGAUGGCCUCAAAAUCACACUGCACAGCGAUCCCAAUGCCGAGCGCGUGGUGGUCGAAAUCGACAAGUUGCAUGGCCGCGUGCUCUGCGCCACCCAAGAGCUGAACAACAAACUGACGGAGAACGGCCGCAAUGAGAUAAGCAUUGGUGCAAAGAUAUUCCUCAACAGGCAGUCGACAGAAUGCGUUCAGGAGGCCGUCGAUGCGCUACUCAACAUACUUAAUGUGACGCAUGUGGACAACGUGGUGCUCGCUUACCAUCCCAAUGUUGUCAACGCAACGCAAGCGACCACAACACAAGUCAAAUCGCCCUGCUCUGAGGGAAAUGCCAGCACCACACCAAGCGAGGGCUGGAGUCAACGCAAUGGAGAGAAGGGCAUCGCCGAACUGAAGGUGCUCUAUAAGCAACUGGAGCAGUAUGCACAACAACAGAAGAUCAAGCAGUUGGGUAUCGCGGAUCUGGAUGCCAAGGCGCUGCAGGAGUUGCAUUCGCAAGCCGAGGUGCCUCCAAGCAUUGCCCAGGUGAAUCUGGCGGCCUGCUGUGUGGUGCCAGCGGAUCUUCAGGAGUUCUGCAAGGAGCACGAGCUGGUGCUCAAUACCCACAGUGAUCCCGAGCUGCUGCUGCCCGAGGAACAGUUCGAUGGCCUGGCGCCCGGCUACACAAUCGAUUGGUCACUUCGUUAUCAGGUUCAUGUUCGUUGUCGUGGCGUUCUCACUGCCAAGGGUUACAUUGUUGGUGCCUCGAAGCCAAGUCAGGCCAAUAAUUGAACUGGAAGCGGAUGAGGAUGAUGAGGAGAGCAGACUUGUAUUUGUUUGUUUGUAUUGGCAUAGUUCAAAGGUGAAUUUUAUAGUAUAUAUGGUAUAUAUAUUAUACAUAUAUAUGUAGAGCAAGAGAUAUUGUAUGCACAACGUACGCAAAUGUAUGUAUGUAUUUUCUAUGUACAUCUCAUGUACGUUGCUUGUAUGCGUCUAUGUAAUACUUAUGUACUUAUUGUUUGUUAUACAAAACCACGAAAAAAAUGAAAGAAAAAACCCAAGCGAAACUGUAAGCGAAAUGGCAUUCGCUUCUCUUCUUCAAUUGAAUUCGAUUGUGAAAAGUUUUCUGCUAUUGUUUUUUUUUUAUUGAAUAUAAACAAUUUUUCUAAAACGAA